AUGCCCUUACGGCCCAAACUCAACAAGGAAAGAUGGAAGCCUAACGGAUCUGCGAUUUCUGAGAAAGGUCUGAACCCUCAGUCAACAUCGACGAAUUCGAGCGUACCACCUGGGGCUGCAAAAAAAAACGACCCGGAAACGGUGAACGGAAGCUCAGAAAGGAAAAUACAAAAUCCUGAGAGUAUCAAUAGUGUCGUUCCCAGGCACAAAGUGAAGACAGAAACGAUCGUGAACCAUAAUGUGAAGCAUGCAGAAAACAACAAGACAAGUGGGAAGUUUGCCACUGGGUCGCAGGUAACGCAAGGGAGUAGCGAAACACCGUUAAAAGAAAAGAAAAGUACCAACGAACAGAGCCCUAUGGGAGAACCUUCUGCUUCACCAUCUUCCGGAGGAGACCUCUCAAUUGGUAUCACGAGUAACUCACAAAAAUCAAAAGCCUCUCAUCAUCAAGGCUACAACUUGGAUUUUAAGGAGUUAGGAGCAGAUGAUGUGCCUAAAGGACAUGUUCCAGUGCUCAACUGGAACUACAAUGCAGUCAUCGACGCUGAGACAUCUCAGCAAGUGUUUGCAUCUGGGGACAAGUUCCACCAUGUUGCUGUGUACAAACCACUCUGCAUCGAGGCAGAUACUGGUCAGGCGAUCAGGUUCUCAGGAAAACGAGUAUGUGGUGGGUACAAUCGCACGGCGGGCUGGAUGAUCCAGUACUGCAGUGUGCUCAGGAAAUCUCUUCCAAAAGAGAUUUUGCUCAACAUGAAAUCCGACGAUGAGACGAAACAAUGGCUUGACGACAAUCGCUCGCAAAUUCGCUGGGUCGGAGGCUUGACAAUUCUUCAGGUCAUGGAGAAAAACUGCGGUAACAUUGCACAUUUCGCGGGUCGGAUACUGAUGUUGCAGCAUAUCGUUGACAACAUAGCAGCAUAUGCGGCCCCUCCAAGUAUCGUGGAGAAUAUCCUGAUCCUUCCUACUUGGGAUAUCAUGAAGCGAUUUCUAUAUCCGCACAACUAUGAGUACUGGCAUAAGAGCGUGUUUUCCGCUCUGGUUGCUCCGGCAAAGUUCUUUAUUGGAACUUUAGGAAAUUUCAUCUAUCGAGAAAGCAAGGUCUCUUUUUCCGGCCUGCCACGCGUGCAACUCCUGCACAACUUCUCCAUGACGGGCAGUGCUGAACAAGAAAAGAAAUUUGUUUGCUUUCGACGCGCCGUCGUGCCAGGUUUCCUGAAGGGUCGCUUUUUCGCAGAUGAUAGGGAGUAUCCUUCGAAACAACCUUCCCUGCAGACCUCCAUGACAGGUGCUCCUCACAUUCCUCGUGAUAGUCUCCGGUUCCGAGAAAAAGUUCGUGCUCUGUACCACAGUAGUCCAUAUCUUCCUCAGACCCAGAAGGAAGUGGUCUUUCUGGACAGAAACGGUUCACGGCGAGUUUUAGAUGAAAGUUCAAAAUCUAAGGUCGUCCAUUUGUUCCAGAAUGUUUCCUUGGAGAAGGGAUAUCGAUUUAAAAUUGUGUCAUUUGAUAAUAUGCCAUUCAAGGAACAAUACGAGACAAUGACCGCCGCAUCUAUCGCCAUUGGCAUUCACGGGGCUAAUCUUGUGAACACAAUGUUUAUGCCGCCGUUAUCUGUCUUAUUCGAGUUAUUUCCUUUUGGUUUCGAACAUGACAUGUACAUCAAUGGGGGAAACUCUGGUUUGAAGUAUUUUAAGUAUCAGAUGCAAACAGGUCUUCCCUUCAACGGCCCGAAGCAAUUUCGAACAGUGGAGCAAUGUAUAAAAUUGAGUCACGAAUGCAAAGUUCAUUUCAGGGAUUCUACCCUGCAAGUAACUGCCAACGAUCUUGAAGAGAUGGAACGAAUUCUUCGAGAAGCUGUUCGAUGGUGCGACGAUCAACCAGCAGUUUCCCACCAUCAAGGGAUUUCAUGA